AAUAAUCUCAGGCUCGAGAGGAGAGAGAGAGAAAGAGGAGAGAGAGAGAGAACUGCCUCCUCCAACUCGCCCCCUCUUUUCCCCUAUCUUCUCUUCCAGUCUCUCUCCCCCCUCCCCCCGCUUCCCCUAUAAAUCAUCUUCAUUCUCCAUUUUCCUUUUCUCUCACUUUCUCGUCCUCUAGGGUUUCUCCCGCCACUCGCAAUCUUCUCCCAUAAUGACCAACGACAACGAUCAGUUCGACAUGUCCGAUCUCGGUGCCGCCCUCCCUGGCGUCCCCCCCGCUCUUAGUGAGGAGGAUCGCGCAGGUCUUGUGAAUGCUCUAAAGAAUAAGCUUCAGAAUCUGGCUGGGCAGCACUCGGAUGUUUUGGAGUCUUUAUCGCCGAACGUCCGAAAACGCGUUGAUGUUUUGAGAGAGCUUCAGAGCCAACAUGAUGAACUGGAGGCCAAAUUUUUUGAGGAGAGAGCGGCACUUGAAGCCAAAUACCAGAAGCUUUAUGAGCCACUUUAUAUGAAAAGGUAUGAAAUUGUAAAUGGUACUGUUGAUGUUGAAGGAGUUAAAAGCGAAGCUGACAUGGACCAAGACAAAGACAAAAGCACUGAAGAGAAAGGUGUGCCUGACUUUUGGCUCACUGCGAUGAAGACAAAUGAAGUACUGGCUGAGGAGAUAUCAGAACGCGACGAAGGGGCUCUCAAAUAUCUCAAAGAUAUCAAGUGGUGUAGGAUUGAUAAUCCUAGGGGCUUCAAGCUUGAGUUUUUCUUUGAUCCUAAUCCACAUUUCAAGAAUGCUGUUCUGACAAAAACGUACCAUAUGGUUGAUGACGAUGAACCUAUUUUAGAGAAAGCAAUAGGGACGGAGAUUGAUUGGUAUCCAGGGAAAAGCUUGACGCUGAAGCUUCUAAAGAAGAAGCCAAAGAAGGGAUCAAAGAAUGCCAAACCCAUCAUGAAGACUGAAAAUUGUGAAAGUUUCUUUAAUUUCUUCAAUCCUCCUCAGGUUCCUGAAGACGAUGACGAUAUUGAUGAGGACACGGCUGAAGAACUUCAGAAUCAAAUGGAGCAAGACUAUGACAUUGGCUCGACCAUCAGGGACAAAAUUAUUCCUCAUGCAGUUUCAUGGUUCACGGGGGAGGCUGUCCAAGGGGAUGAAUAUGAAGAUAUAGAAGAAGAUGAAGAUGGUGAUGAAAAUGAAGAUGAGGACGAUGAGGAUGAGGAGGAUGACGAGGAUGAUGAGGACGACGAGGAUGAAGUCGAGGAGGAAGGCAAGAGCAAGAAGAAGUCCUCUGCUGGACCCAAGAGGAGUGGAAGGGUUCAAACUGGGGAAGGUCAGACAGGCGAGCGUCCUCCAGAGUGCAAGCAGCAGUAGUGUUAAAAUGAUUUCAGAACACACUGGUUUAUGAAAAUUAUGAUGGUAUUAGCAGUGUCCUGGUUCAGGGUUUUGGGUCCUCACCCUGUUAUUAAUAUAAUUCAUAGCCUGUUUAUUUGUUUUUUCCCUCGUCUCCCUCUCUCUCUCUCUCUCUCUCUCUCUCUCUCUCUCUCUCUCUCUCUCUCUUUGCGGGAGCUCUAAAUUUGUUGGGAUUCUUUUGGUGGUGUCUUCAGUUCCUCGGAGCCAUGGAUUUACAGCGGAACUAUUUAUACUUCUCUUUUUUGGGUUUUAGAUGAUCAGUCAAUCCAGUUUAUGAUGGGUUCGAAAGUGUGUUCUCACGUAAUUGUGAAACUGGAAUUGUUUUGUGCUCUAAUGUAAUAUAUGUCUAUUUUUUGGUUGUGGGUUA